GCCCCGUCCCCACCUGUGUGUGCUCAGCCAGCGGCCCGCACGCACGGAGGGAUAAAAGGUCGCAGUCUGUCUGAGGUCAGUGAGUUCCCUGCUUCUCCUCGCCCACCCAGUCCAGCUAGCCGCGUCCAGCCGCUAUGUCCAUCCACUUCAGCUCUCGCUCCACCACCUUCCCGGGCCGAGGUGCCCAGAUGCGCCUGAGCUCGGGCCGCACCGGCAGCUUCGGCAGCAGCAGCCUCUAUGGCCUGGGCACCUCUAGGCCGCGUGUGGCAGUGCGCUCCGCUUAUGGGAGCCCGGUGGGCGCUGGCAUCCGAGAGAUCACUAUCAAUCAGAACUUGCUGGCACCGCUGAGGGUCGACAUCGACCCCACCAUCCAGCAGGUGCGCCAGGAGGAACGUGAGCAGAUCAAGACCCUCAACAACAAAUUUGCCUCCUUCAUCGACAAGGUGCGCUUCCUGGAGCAGCAGAACAAGAUGCUGGAGACCAAGUGGGCCCUGCUGCAGGAACAGAAGUCAGCCAAGAGCAGCCAGCUUCCCCGGAUCUUUGAGACGCAGAUUGCGGGGCUGCGGCAGCAGCUUGAGGCACUGCAGCUGGAUGGGGGCCGCCUGGAGGCUGAACUGCGAAGCGUGCAGGAUGUGGUGGAAGAGUUCAAGAAUAAGUAUGAAGAGGAAAUCAAUGGGCGCACGGCUGCUGAGAAUGAGUUUGUGUUGCUGAAGAAGGACGUGGAUGCCGCCUACAUGAGCAAGGUGGAGUUGGAGGCCAAGAUGGAUAGUCUGAAUGAUGAGAUCAGCUUUCUCAAGACCCUUAAUGAGACGGAGUUAGCAGAGCUGCAGUCUCAGAUCUCAGACACGUCUGUGGUGCUGUCCAUGGACAACAACCGCUCCCUGGACUUGGAUGGCAUCAUCGCCGAGGUCAAGGCCCAGUAUGACGAGAUGGCUAACCAUAGCCGGGCUGAGGCUGAAGCCUGGUACCAGACCAAGUUUGAGACCCUCCAGGCCCAGGCCGGGAAGCAUGGAGAUGACCUCCGCAACACCCGGAAUGAGAUUGCCGAGAUGAACCGUACCAUCCAGAGGCUGCAGGCUGAGAUUGACACCAUGAAGAACCAGCGUGCCAAGUUGGAGGCCAGCAUUGCUGAGGCUGAGGAGCGUGGGGAGCUAGCACUCAAGGAUGCUCAUGCCAAGCAGGAGGAGCUGGAGGCCGCCCUGCAGCAGGCCAAGCAGGACAUGGCACGGCAGCUGCGCGAGUACCAGGAGCUCAUGAACGUCAAGCUGGCGCUGGACAUCGAGAUCGCCACCUACCGCAAGCUGCUGGAGGGAGAGGAGAGCAGGUUGUCUGGAGAUGGAAUGGGCCCUGUGAACAUCUCUGUAGUGAAUUCCAUGGGGGGCAGUGGCAGCAGGCUCCUCUUCGGGGGAACCAUGGGCAGCAACGCUCUGAGCUUCUCAAGCAGUGGGGGACCCGGGGCGCUCAAGGCCUACAACAUCAGGACCACAUCUACCACCCGCAGGGGCCCCCACAACUGAGCUCGUAUCGCCAAGCUUGUGGGCUUGGAGAGUCCCUGUACCCCUUGGCCCACACACAGGAGGACCUCCUGCAUCAUGUCCCUGUCCCGAGACCAGAAGAUGGCUUGAAACUCCUGCUGGUUUUAAUAAAGUUCCUCUCUGGGUGAGCGUCA